AACCACCUUCAAAUGGUAUCGAACAUUCAAAUCUUCCCGUCUGCAGCAGGACAAACAGUCGCUUCGAAAUGGGUCAUAACCCUGCUAACGUUUCGAAAAUUUUUCAAUUUCAUUGGAAUCUGUCGAUUUUUGCGAUAUUGUUGUACGUUUCGACACAUUUAAUACUGUAUUCUGCAAAAAUAUCGGCAACUCCAACGAUCACACCUUAUCCUAAAUUCAAUGCCGAAAAAGAUAUUGAGACAAUACACUUCAUCGUAUACAAAGAAGCCAGCCAAAAAGUUUGCAACGAUACGGAUAAAAUGGUUCGAAUGAUCUGCCACAGAUGUAGAAAGCAAAGAAUGGAAAUGCAGAAAUUAUUCAAAGAAAAAUAUGACGAAGAUAUCAUCAGUUACUGCACGAGAGCAACAGAUGUUGAACCUUCGUUCGACGAAUUGCUAGAAGAGUGUUUCAAAGAACCGAUCGAUAUAUACAAAGAUCAUUUGCAUCGAGAGAUCACACACAACAUUUAUAACCCCAUUAGUGAAGAUAGACUAACCAUUGUUGAAAUACUGCUGACGAUAACUCCGGAAAAAAAGGAAGAAUUUUUCAGCUCUUAUAAUGAUACUUACAAGGCAACAAUACUACAGCAUGUGAAUGACCACUUGUACGAAGACUUCCACAAUAUCAUUGAACAGAUGGUGAAAAGAAAUCGCUUGCCCGAUAUUCCACCAGACAAGAUAAAUUGGGAGUUGGCAAAACAAGAAGCUCAAAAAUUAUUCGACGAACGAAAAAAAUGGAGAAACCAUCGCUGCGAAUUAGACAGAAUCCUAAUGGAAACGGCAAUCCAGCAACUAAACGCUACAUUCGUAGAAUUCAAGAAAAUUAGCGGCAAAGAGCUCGAUGAAAUGAUUCAAAAAAAGAUGGAAAAGGAUAAAAGAGAUUGUUAUAAAGACAUAGUAUUUUUCGUGAAAAACAAACACGACUACUACGCCAGACGAAUUCAUCAUGCUAUGAAAGGUUUGGGGACCCAAGAUAGCGUGAUCAACAGAAUAAUAGGCAUACACAGCGAAGAAGAUAUGAAAGAAAUUGCGACCGCGUAUCAACUAAAUACCGGCGAUUCUCUAAUUCAUGGAAUCAAAGGUGAUACGACCGCACAUCACGAAAUGCUACUUAGAUGUUUGGCAGGUGAACAUAUGCAAGCGGAAAAAUUCUGAUUUGUAACUAUUCAUCACAUGUACCAAUAUAACCAGUAAAAUUAUUCAAAAAAAAAAAAAAAACAAACAAACAAAAGAAAACAAAACAUACAAUCAAUUUCUGACAAAUAAUUGAAACAAAUCCAGGAUUCAAAUUGGUGUUCUGUGAUUUGUCCAGCGACUUGGCAUGACAUCUGCAGUUUUCUUUUAUCGUGCAAGACUUGACCAGAGGACACAAAAAUCAACCUGAUGCAGCUGAAAAUUAAGUUCUGUUAUUUUCUACCUGUUUAACGAGUUCAUUGACAACUGCAACGAUUUCUAGUAGGACACCUCUUCACAUUGAAUCCAAAUAAACCAGUCUACCAACUCCAGAUGGGGUUUUCAACAUUUCUCGAAAAAGCUGACAUACUUACAAUUUAAUCGAAACCUUUCAAAAUCUAUUUUGAAAAGUGUUUCUGAAUUAUCACAGUUUAAAAAAAUAAAAUUUAUUUUAUUUUUUUCAAAAAGAACGGCAGGGUCAGUUUAUCUUGUGAUGCAUCAAAAUGUGUUUCUGAUAACGUGGGACUUGCGAGUCUGGAUUGAAGGCAAUUCCGUUGAUUCAGCAGCAUCAAUAAAAUAUCAACAAUCUUGCGUCACCGAAUUGCAGCAAAAUAUUUCAUUUCGACGGGAAAUUUCCGGGAAAAGAAACACAGACCCCGAACACCAAUUUUUCCGAAGUGUAACUUGAUUUAAGGCAGGAAAAACAACUACAUAUUUUAUUUGUGUCCGGUAAAUCAUUGGUAGUUGAUUUAUUCUGUAUGUAAAUGUUUUCAUGAUCAUAAUUCUUGGCUGAAAGUGAUAAACAUUAAAAACUAGACAGCUAAGCAAAGCUUAGCUGCAAAGUGUGCGUAGCUAGCUGCCUUUUCUACAUCUAUAACCGUUAUUGGCGUUAUUACAUCUAUAGGUAGUGCAUAAUUGAAUCAACCAUGUCACAGUAAUGAGAAUCUUUGAAACUCUCACUGCUUCAAAAUAAUAAUUGUUUUUCAAUGUUUUCAUAUUUUCCAAAUUACAAUAGGUACUUCAGAAUAAUUUAUAAGCUUGUAUUGCUUCUAAAUUAAGAAAUUUCUAGUUGUUUUUCAUAGUUUGCAUUGUUUUAAAAUUUACAAAAUUUCAAAUCAAUUUCCCGAAUUCGCCAUCGCUACAAUUUCAUAAAGUUUUCAAUAAAUUUUCAGAAUUUUGCAUUGCUGCUGAGUUAGGAAAUUUGCAAUCAAUUUUUAGAAUUCACAUUGUAUCUAAAUAGUCAAAUUUUGAAUAAUUUUUCAGAAUUCUUAUUGUCUUUAAAUUAAAAAAUUUCAAAUUCAAUUUUCAAGUCCAUAUUGUCCACAAAUUGUAAAACGUUUACACAAUUUUUGGAAUUCACGUUGCCUCCAAUUUUUCAGAAUUCUCAUCUUCAUCAUAAAUAUUACAAUACUUAUUUCAUAUAAUUUUCAAGUUCACAUUAUCUGCAACUUACAGAACUUUUAAUCAAUUUUUGGAAUUCUCAGUGUCUCUAAAUACAAAUUUUCAUAUUAUUUUUUUUAGAAUUUCCAUUGUCUUCUUUAUAAAUUUUCAAACCAAUUUUCAGAACUUGCUUUUUAUUCUAAAUUAAGAAUUAAAUCUUAUAAAAUAUAUUAAGAAUUUGAAUUGCCUCUAAAUUACACGAAAAAAAUAUGGGUAAUUUUUAC